AGUGUUAGUGUAACACUGGUGAGUUUAUUCACAGAAUGACUCCCAUUUUCCUUCGUCCAGUUUGACCUUGUAUACAUCCCCCCAGUCUAUCCCCAGAGCCCCGGAGCUGUGCUCCUGAUACUUGCUGCCUCACAUUGCCGUUGGUUGGCUGUCCUGUCAGCAUUGUUCAAAUGCUCAUUCCAUAUGGAUGUCACAUCGCAGCACUACCCUCCCCAUCUCUUCUUCCCCUCCCCCCAACGCAUUCCCUCUCUUAUCUAAGAUUGAUUUCUUUCUCAGGCUUGUAAGCUGGGAAAUUCAAACUUAGGAAGCUUGUACUACGCACUAGGUGGACACCCUCUGUUCUGCUCUCCAAGUAAAUGGCUUUAUACUGUUUUUUCUCUCUGAAACUUCAGGUUCCUUCAAGGGAGAAGAGAGAAGUGUUGGUGAGGAGGAUUUGAAGAGUUUCUUGGCUUUUUCUUGUUACCGUGGUAGCAGCUUUCUCAUCACUAAUAAUGGAGCAGGCAUGCAGGAGUUUUUUUUCUGUCCAGUUUUUAUGGGACCUAUGGAAUGGUUUGUGAAGGAUGCUUAUAGCAGGAGUGCACAGUGAUUUUAUUAUGUCUAUAACCUAUAACUUAUUCAGACGAAAGGAUGGAAGAAUGAAGGAAUGCAUCUAACUAUGGGCCACUGGGCAGGCUUACACAACUUUAUACCCAGCCUUGCCCUCUUUCUGAUAUUUGCCCGCUAUUGCCAAAGUCAUCAAGAGUCACUCCUACUCCCAUUCUUUCAGUUUACCCAUCCUGUGUACAAUGCUACGGUGUACGAGAACUCAGCCGCCAGGACAUAUGCCAACAGUAAAGUUAAAAUGGGAAUUGCACUGACAGACCUGUCAUGGGAUAUUAAAUACAGAAUUGUCUCAGGAGAUGAAGAAGGCUUUUUUAAAGCAGAGGAAACCAUUAUUGGGGACUUCUGUUUCCUAAGAAUAAGGACUAAGGGUGGGAAUUCGGCUAUAUUAAAUAGGGAAAUCCAAGACAUGUAUUCACUAACUGUGAAAGCAUCGGUUAAAGGAGAAGACCUAGAAGCCUGGACUAAAGUGAUUAUACAGGUUUUGGAUAUGAAUGAUUUAAGGCCAUUAUUCUCGCCAACAACUUAUUCUGUAACUGUUGCAGAAAAUACACCAUUAAGAACUAGUAUUGCUCAAGUUACAGCUACAGAUGCAGAUAUAGGAUCCAAUGGAGAGUUUUAUUAUUAUUUCAAACACAAAGUGGAACUCUUUGCAGUUCAUCCCACUAGUGGAGUUGUAUCAUUAAGUGGUAAAUUAAACUAUGAUGAAAGAAGUAAGUUUGACUUGGAGAUUCUGGCAGUAGACCGUGGAAUGAAACUUUAUGGAAACAAUGGUGUAAGCAGCACAGCAAAGCUUUUCGUUCACGUUGAACGCAUGAAUGAACAUGCCCCCGUCUUAAACAUAGUGAGCCAUACUCCUUCACCAUUUGAAAAGGAUCCAGUGUAUGCAAUUCUGACGGUCGAUGACACGGAUGAUGGAAUCAAUGGAGAAAUUGAAUCUGUUUCAAUUGUGGCAGGUGAUCCAUUAGAGCAGUUUGUUUUGCUUAAAGGAGGUUUGGGGACCAAUGAGUACAGGAUCAGGGCAGGAAAACCAGUGGAGUGGGAUAAUGUUCCAUACGGUUACAAUCUUACCCUUCAAGCUAAAGACAGAGGUUCUCCGCAGAAAUUCUCUGCAGUUAAGUUAGUGCACAUUACAAAUCCAGAUAAAGGUACAAGUCAGUUAAAAUUUGAAAAGGCUAUUUAUGAAGCAGACAUCACUGAAUUUUCACCUCCUGGCAUGGUUGUUACUGUAGUAAGGCUCAAUCCACAAUCUCAGACUGCAGAAUAUAAAAUAAUUCCAGGUACAGAUUCUGAAUACUUUAAAAUAAAUCCCAAGACAGGCUUGAUCAUUACUGCACGACCUCUAAAUAUCCUUGAAAAAGAAUACCUUCAGUUAGAUGUAACACACAAAGGGAGUGACCUAAAGACACAGGUCUUGGUUAAAGUGAUCGAUGCCAAUGACCACACCCCAGAAUUCAGGCAACUCACAUAUGAGGUAUCUGUUAAUGAAAGCAUUCCAGUAGGUAGCAGCAUUUUAACAGUUUUAGCGACAGAUCAAGACAGAGGAGAAAAUGGAUAUGUAACCUACAGCAUUGCUAGUUUAAACCCACUGCCAUUUACUAUAAACCAGUUUACUGGAUUAAUAAGCACAAAUGAAGAGCUGGAUUUUGAAUCUUCUCCAGAAAGUUACAGAUUUGUUGUAAGAGCAUCAGACUGGGGUUCCCCUUAUCGUCGCGAAAGUGAGGUCAAUGUCACCAUCCAUUUAGAGAAUGUAAAUGACAACAAACCUUGGUUUGAAAAGGUAGCAUGUCAGGGAGUGAUUUCACAUGACUUUCCUGUCGGUGUGCAGAUUGCAGCAGUUUCUGCUGUUGAUGUAGAUGAACUUGAGCUUGUGAAAUACAAAAUCAUCUCAGGAAAUGAGCUUGGGUUCUUUGACCUAAAUCCAGACACAGGUGUACUACAGCUGAAGCUCUCAUUGAUAAAUGUAAAUCCAAAGAACAGUGCCUUUGAUCUCAAGAUAACAGCUACAGAUGGAGAAAAUUUUGCUGACCCAAUGUUUGUUAAUAUUUCAGUUGUGCAUGGAAAAGUGUCCUCAAAAAGUUUCAGUUGCAGAGAGACCAGAGUCGCACAAAAGCUAGCUGAAAAACUUCUAAAGAAAGCAAAAGCAAAGACAACAAUGGACAUAGAUAACGGAUUUCUUGAUGUUUACUCUCUGAAUAGACAAAUUCCGCAGUUUGACAAAUCUCUUCCUUCUGACCUGUUUGUCAGAGAAGACCUUUCUGUGGGCAGUAGUAUUUUUAAGGUCAAGGCUUUUGAUUCUGACUCAGGAUUUAAUGGUAAAGUUCUCUAUACAAUUUCUGAUGGAAAUACAGACAGCUGUUUUAAGAUUGACAUGGAAACUGGAUUAAUAAGUAUUCUGAUGCCGCUAGAUCGUGAAAAGACUGACAGAUAUGUCCUUAACAUUACAAUUUUCGAUUUAGGCAACCCUCAAAAAAGUUCCUGGAAAUUGUUGACCAUCUAUAUUGAGGAUGUCAAUGACAACAAACCUGUGUUUUUAAAAGACAGUUAUUCAGUGACUAUACUGGAAAGCACAGGUACUGGGGCAGAUAUUGUUCAGGUGGAAGCCAGAGAUGCAGAUAUUGGAUCAAAUGGUGAAAUAUUUUACUCUAUUUUAACAGAUACUAAUCAGUUUGCAAUUGAUAGCUCCACUGGAGUAGUAUAUGUGGCAAGUCAGAUUGACAGAGAAGCUGUAGCAAAUUAUACUUUAAAGAUAGAGGCAAGAGACCGAGCACAAAGUAGUCAGCAGCAGUUUGCAGUGGUCGAUCUAAAGAUUUUCCUGGAUGAUGUCAAUGACUGCCCACCAGCUUUUAUUCCCUCUAGUUAUAAUGUCAAGGUACUUGAAGAUCUACCAGUUGGCAGUGUAAUUGCUUGGCUUGAAACCCAUGAUCCUGAUCUUGGAAUGGGAGGACAGGUGCGAUAUUCUCUGGCAAAUGAUUACAACGGAAAGUUUGAAAUUGACAAAGCAAGUGGUGCUAUUCGACUGAACAAAGAUCUUGAUUAUGAGAGUCAACAAUUCUACAACCUGACUGUGCGUGCUAAAGACAAAGGCCGCCCUGUUUCACUGUCCUCUGUGUCCUUCGUGGAGAUUGAAGUAGUGGAUGUUAAUGAAAAUCUUUAUGCACCUUACUUCUCCAUCUUUGCUUUGACUGGAUAUGUUAAGGAAAACAUGAGGAUAGGGACAAGUGUCUUACAGGUCACAGCUAAGGAUGAUGACGAGGGAAGAGAUGGGGAUAUUCAGUAUUCGGUUAGAGAUGGCAGUGGUCUUGGAAGAUUUAGUAUCGAUGAAGACACAGGUGUCAUUUAUACUGCAGACAUUCUUGAUCGGGAGACAACUGCUUCCUUUUGGCUCACUGUUUAUGCUACUGACCGUGGAGUUGUACCACUUUUUUCAACAAUUGAGAUCUACAUUCAAGUCGAAGAUGUUAAUGACAAUGCUCCACUUACAUCUGAGCCCAUCUACUAUCCAGCUGUUAUGGAAAACUCUCCCAAGGAUGUCUCAGUUUUACAGAUACAGGCCACCGAUCCUGACACCGGUUCUGAUGAUAAAUUGACAUACAAGAUCACAAGCGGAAAUCCACAGAAUUUCUUUGCAAUUGGUUCUAAAACAGGUUUGAUUACGACAACAUCAAGAAAGCUGGAUCGUGAGCAGCAAGCAGAGCAUGUUCUUGAGGUGACUGUUACAGAUGGAGGUGUUCCUGCAAAACAUUCAACAGUUUGGGUGAUUGUUCAGGUCCUGGAUGAGAAUGAUAACAAACCGCAGUUUCCAGAAAAAGUCUACCAGAUUAAACUUCCUCAGAGAGAGCGUAAAAAGCGAGGGGAUCCAAUAUACCGUACUUUUGCAUUUGACCGGGAUGAAGGCUCUAAUGCAGAGAUUGCAUAUAGCAUUGUGGAAGGAAAUGAUGAUGCAAAGUUUUUUAUUGACCCCAAAACUGGAAUGGUGUCCUCCAGGCGACAGUUUGUGGCAGGAAAUUAUGACAUCCUUACAGUAAAAGCUGUAGACAAUGGUCGUCCACAAAAAUCCUCUACUGCACGGCUUCACAUUGAGUGGAUAAAGAAACCCCAGCCGACAUCAGCAACGUUGACAUUUGAAGAGCCUUUCUACAACUUCACAGUGAUGGAAAACGAUAAAGUGACAGAAAUUGUGGGUGUGGUCUCAGUACAACCUGCAAGUACAUUACUGUGGUUUGAAAUUACAGCUGGAAACUAUGAUAGCUCAUUUGAUGUUGAGAAAGCUGCUGGCACAAUUGUCAUUGCAAAGCCACUGGAUGCUGAAGCAAGAUCUAUAUAUAACAUGACAGUGGAGGCCACCGAUGGGACAAACACUGCGGUCACUCAGGUGUUCAUCAAAGUGUUGGAUAACAAUGACAAUGUUCCAGAGUUUCUGCAGCCAAGUUAUGAUAUCACCGUCUCUGAAGAUACUCUGCCAGAUACUUCUGUUGCAGAGAUUAAAGCUGCUGAUAAGGAUGAGAAGCAUAAACUCAGCUACUCAGUACAGAGCAGUAUCGAUAGCACCAGCAUGAAAAAGGUCCGGAUUGACCCUGCCACAGGCAUACUAUACACAGCUGAACGGUUAGACUACGAGGCUCGAGCUAAACACAUCUUAACAAUAAUGGUGAGAGAUCAGGAAUUCCCAUAUCGCAGGAAUCUGGUGAGGGUUAUUGUGAAUGUAGAGGAUGCCAACGAUCAUGCUCCCCAUUUCACCAGCGCACUUUAUGAGGGAUCAGUGUAUGAAUCUGCUGCCAUUGGCUCUGCUGUGCUUCAGGUUACUGCUUUGGACAGAGAUAAAGGGGAAAAUGCAGAAAUCUUGUAUUCCAUUGAUGCAGGAAAUUCAGGAAACACUUUUAAAAUUGAACCAGUACUUGGUAUUAUUACAGUUGCCAAGGAGCUAGACUUGUCAUCCAUGGGGCAUUAUCUUUUAACAGUUAAAGCAACCGAUCAAGGUGUGCCUUCACUUUCUGGUACAACGGUGGUACGUGUGUCUGUCACAAUGUCAGACAAUGCUAGGCCAAAGUUUCCACAGAAGGAAUACCAAGCAGAGGUAAAUGAAAAUGUCAGCAUCGGCACGUCUGUCUUCAUUAUCUACGCUGUUAGCCAGUCCACGGUGAUCUAUGAACUCAAGGACGGCAAUGUUGAAGGAGCCUUUACAAUAAACCCUUAUUCUGGAGUUGUCACCACUCAGAAACCCCUGGAUUAUGAAAGGAUUUCUUCAUAUCAACUUGUGGUACAAGCAAGUAAUAUGGCUGGCAUGGCCUCAAACAUCACUGUGAAUAUACAGCUUGUAGAUGAAAAUGAUAACCCUCCAGUGUUUCUGAAUUCUAACUAUGUGGGAAGUAUAAGUGAAGCCGCUCCCAUUAACAGUGUGGUUUUUAACUCCAACAACAGCCCUCUGAUAAUAAGAGCAUCAGAUGCAGACCAGAAUCAAAACGCUUUGCUGGUCUAUCAGAUUGUUGAAUCUACAGCCAAGAAAUACUUUUCAGUGGAUUCCAGUACUGGAGCAAUAAGAACAACUGCAAAUUUAGAUCAUGAACUGAUUGCCACAUUUAAUUUUCAUGUGCAUGUUAGGGACAGUGGGAGUCCACAGCUGACAGCAGAGUCUCCAGUCAAAGUCACAGUCGAAGUGAUCGAUAUCAAUGAUUCCCCACCAGUGUUUACUCAGCAAUUAUAUGAAACCAUUUUGCUGUUGCCUACCUAUGCUGGAGUUGAACUUCUCAAAGUUGCAGCCACAGAUCCAGAUUCUGAAGUUACUACUGAGCUAACUUAUAGCUUAAUUGAAGGGAACAUGAACCACUUUUGGAUUGACUCAAACAGUGGAGUACUCACAGUAAAAAAUCAUAGCCUGUCUAAAGAUCAGUAUCGGCUAACUGUAAAAGUGUCAGAUGGAAAGUUUUACAGUACUGCUUUGGUGAUAAUAAUGGUGAAAGAAGCUAUGGAUAGUGGUCUUCACUUCACAAAUAGCUUAUACUCUGCUUCAAUUUUAGAAAACAGCAGCAAUAUUACCAAGAUUGCAGUUGUGAAUGCCAUUGGAAAUCGCCUUAAUGAACCGCUAAAGUAUAGCAUUCUAAACCCAGCUGAUAAGUUCAGAAUAAAGCCUACUUCAGGUGUUAUCCAGACAACUGGAGUUCUUUUUGACAGGGAAGAACAAGAAGUCUAUGAGUUGAUAGUGGAAGCAAGUCGUGAAUAUGACCACCUUCGUGUCACAAGAGUUGUAGUCAGAGUCAGCAUUGAAGAUAUUAAUGACAAUCCUCCUGUAUUUGUAGGGCUUCCGUAUUAUGCUGCUGUACAGGUAGAUUCGGAUCCUGGAGUUCUGAUAUAUCAAGUUACAGCUGUAGACCGGGACAAGGGUGUUAAUGGGGAGGUGGCAUAUUUUCUGAAGGAUGACCAUGGUCACUUUGAGAUAAACAGGCAUACUGGAAGUGUUACUUUAAAAAAAGCCUUUGAUUCAGACUUGUCUAACAUGGAGUAUAGCGUAACAGUGAUUGCAAAAGAUGGUGGUAGCUCAUCACUAUCUACAGCAGUAGAACUUCCCAUCACAGUUGUCAACAAAGCAAUGCCUGUAUUUGACAGACCUUUCUACAGAAUUUCAGUAAAUGAAGAUGUGCAACCAAAUACCCCAGUUCUUAGUAUCAAUGCCACCAGUCCAGAAGGGCAGGGUAUUAUAUAUACAAUUGUAGAUGGGGAUCCAGAUUAUCAGUUUAAUAUUGACUUUGACACAGGAGUCCUUAGUGUUAUUAGCCCAUUAGAUUAUGAAACAAUUUCCAGUUACAAGAUUACCAUAAAAGCAACUGACUCUCUUACAGGAGCUCGUGCUGAGGUCACUGCAGAUAUAGCCGUGAAUGAUGUCAAUGACAAUCCCCCUAUUUUCAAACAGAAGCUGUAUGAAGCAACAUUAUCGGAAGCAUCAAUGAUUGGAACCCCAGUGCUGCAAGUUGUUGCAAAUGAUGCAGAUUCAGAAAGCAAUAAAAUCAUACAUUAUCAGAUUGUGAAGGAUCGUCUUAAUAGCACAGAUUAUUUUCACAUCGAUAGUACCAGUGGGCUCAUAUUAACUGCUCGCAUACUAGACCAUGAACUAAUACAACAAUUUAGCUUCAUAAUAAAGGCAACUGAUAAUGGAGUCCCACCACUGAGUAAUGAAGUUCCUGUGAAUGUCUAUGUUAUUGAUAUGAAUGACAACCCCCCAAUCUUUAAUCAGCUGUUGUAUGACUCUUAUGUUAGCGAGCUUGCACCUCGGGGACAUUUUGUUACUUGUGUACAUGCCUCAGAUGCAGACAGUUCUGAUGCAGACAAGCUGGAAUACAGCAUCUUAUCUGGAAAUGACCGCAUGAAUUUUGUUAUGGACAGCAGACGAGGAAGUCUGAUCUUGUCAAACCACCGUAAACAGAGGAUGGAGCCUUUCUAUACCUUAAAUGUUUCAGUUUCUGAUGGCGUAUUCACUAGCACAGCUCAAGUGCACAUCAGAAUACUCGGUGCUAAUCUUUACAGCCCUGUGUUUUCACAGAGUGUUUAUGUGGCUGAAGUUAGAGAAAACGCCCCACCUGGGACUAAGGUUAUCCAAGUGAAAGCUUCUGAUAUCGAUUCCGGGGUUUAUGGGGAUGUUGCCUAUACGAUCAUAAAUGAUUUUGCUAAAGAUCGUUUCUCUAUUAAUGAUGCUGGUUACAUUGUAACAACUGAAAAACUUGACAGGGAAAAUCCUCUAGAAGGGGAAAUCAUUAUUUCGCUUAUGGCUCUGGAUGGGGGAGGCAGAGCAGCUUUCUGCAUUGUUAAAGUAAUAGUUGUGGAUGAAAAUGAUAAUGCACCCCAAUUUAAUGCUGCUGAAUACCGGACCAGUGUCAAAUCAGACUAUGACAAAGGAUACCUGGUCACACAGGUACAGGCUUUUGACCCAGAUGAUGGUGCAAAUGCCAAGAUAACCUACUCACUCUAUAGUGAAGCAGUAAGCUCAGUGGUGGAUAUUCUUGAAAUAGAUCCUGAUAAUGGAUGGAUGGUCACAAAAAGUAGCUUCAAGCAAUUAAAAAAUACAAUCCUUUCAUUCUUUGUUAAAGCGGUUGAUGGUGGAAUUCCAAUGAAACAUUCUCUCAUUCCUGUAUACAUUCAUGUGUUGCCUCCAGAAACAGUCCUUCCUGCCUUCUCUCAGCCACAGUAUUCUUUCUUUUUGGUUGAGGAUAUUCCAGUAGGGAGUACAGUUGGAUCAGUCCAGAUCUUGCCCAGCCAGGAGGCUGUUUUUUCCAUAAUCAGUGGUUCAACACUAGAACACAACAAAGAAGGGACAUUUGUCAUAAAUGGACAGUCUGGUCUCAUAAAAGUAGAUAAGAGGCUAGAUUAUGAAACAACAUCCAUAUUUCAUUUCAAGAUUGCAUCAACAGUGAAACUAGGUAAGGUAGACAUUGUUUUGACUGUAGAUGUGGAGGUGAAAGUUUUAGAUGUAAAUGACAAUAAACCUGUAUUUGAAGCCAAUCCUUACGAAGCAGUAAUAAUGGAAGGAAUGCCUGUGGGGACAAAAAUAAUUCAAGUUAAAGCAACUGACAUUGACGGGGGUGCUAAUGGACAAAUUGCCUACAGCCUGGCAUCGGCUGCGGAGUCAGAACUUGAUGAGGUCUCAGAAAUUGUCACUAUAGACAGUAACAGCGGAUGGAUCAGCACGCUGAAAGAACUGGAUCAUGAAAGGCAUUCUUCUUACAUGUUUGCUGUGGUAGCAUCAGACCUGGGAGAGACAGUGUCUCUUUCUUCAACAACUGUUGUGUCUCUGGCUGUUAUUGACAUUAAUGACAAUGCUCCUGUCUUUGCAUAUGAUGUUUACAGGGGGAUGGUCAAAGAGAGUGACCCUCCAGGUGAAGUGGUAGCCAUUUUGAGUACACAAGAUGAAGAUACAUCUGAUAUCAAUCGUCAAGUCAGCUAUCAUAUUACAGGAGGUAACCCAAAAGGAAACUUUGCUCUGGGGCUGGUGCAGAAUGAAUGGAAAGUUUAUGUGAAAAGACCACUGGAUCGAGAGGAGCAGGAUAUCUACUUCCUGAACAUCACUGCAACAGAUGGUCUCUUUGUAACACAGGCUACUGUGGAAGUCACCAUCUUAGACACAAAUGACAACAACCCCAUCUGUGAUCAGGUUAUAUACUCUGCACAUGUUUCAGAAGAUAUCCCAUCAAAUAAAAUCAUUCUAAAGGUCGGUGCUAAAGAUGCAGAUAUUGGAUCAAAUGCAGAAAUUCAAUAUUCACUGCAUGGAGUGGGUGCUGCUGACUUCUUCAUGGACUCCGAAAGUGGGGAAUUAAGAAGUUUUGCUGCUUUGGACCGUGAAGGGAUCCCUGUGUACAAUUUGGUUACCAGAGCAACAGAUAGUGGAGGGCGAUACUGCCAGUGUGACAUAGUUUUGAUUCUGGAUGAUGUCAAUGACAACCCACCAGUGUUUUCAUCUAACCAUUAUGAUGUUUCUGUCUAUGAGAAUACAGCCAUUAAAGCUUUGUUAAAAAGAGUACAUGCAACUGACCCUGACGUGGGUAUGAACAGGAAGGUGGAAUAUGCCCUUUCAGACUCAGCAAAUGAACACUUCGGUAUUGACAAGUUUUCUGGAAUCAUCAUUUUGGAGAGACCCCUGGACAGAGAGAUACAAGCAUUUUACAACAUUACCGUAAAAGCUACUGACCAGGGCCUGGCCUUACAGCUGUUUUCCUUUGCAACAGUUACUGUCACUGUGCUGGACAUAAAUGACAACCCCCCUAUCUUUGAGAGAAGAGACUAUCUGGCGACUGUGGGUGAGAAUGUUCUUGUGGGCACCACAGUUUUGGGUGUCUUUGCAGCAAGUAAAGAUAUUGGAACAAAUGCAGAGAUCAUGUACAGUGUUAGAUCUGGCAACGAGCUAAGCAAGUUCCAAAUUGAACCAAAAACAGGUGCAGUAACUGUGGCAGAACCUUUGGACUAUGAAACCUGCAAAGACUUUUACUUAACGGUGGAGGCUAAAGAUGGAGGCAUUCCUCCACUGAGUGCUGUCACCACGGUGAACAUUAAUGUGACGGAUAUCAAUGACAAUGCUCCAAAGUUUAGCCGAGAGAUGUACAGUGUCGUCAUUAGUGAAGAUGCAUCAGUUGGUGAUUCUGUAGUUAUGCUGCUGGCUGAAGACAGUGACAGCCCAGCCAAUGGGCAGAUUUCCUUCUCAAUCAUAAGUGGAGAUCAAGACAAGCAGUUUAAUCUCGACCCAGUCACAGGACUGAUAACUUUAAAGGAACCACUGGACAGGGAAAAGGUAUCUGGGUAUUCGUUGGUAGUCCAGGCAAAAGACAGUGGAAGCCCCCCUAUGUCUUCUACAGUAACUGUCAAUGUUGACAUUUCUGAUGUUAAUGAUAACAGCCCUAGCUUCACUCCAGCUAACUACACUGCUGUCAUUCAGGAAAACAAACCUGUGGAUACCAGCAUUAUGCAACUUGUUGUAACGGAUAUGGACUCCUCUCAUAAUGGACCCCCUUUCACAUUCUCCAUUAUUUCUGGAAAUGACAAAGGCUUGUUUUCACUGGAUCAGAUGGGUGUGUUGAGAUCUGCUGUUGUCUUUAGCCAGAAAAUUGCAACAGAAUACAUAAUCUGUGUGCAGGCAAAAGACUCUGGCAGGCCUCAGCUAGCUUCUCAUUCCUACAUACGGAUCCGAGUUAUUGAAGAGAGUGUGCAUAAGCCAACUGCUAUUCCACUGGAGAUUUUCAUAGUAACAAUGGAAGAUGACUUCCCUGGGGGUGUUAUCGGAAAGAUUCACGCUACAGAUCAAGAUAUAUAUGAUGUGCUCACAUAUACCCUUAAAUUAGACCAGAAAAGUCUGUUUAAAGUUAAUCACCAAGAUGGCAAAGUCAUUGCUUUAGGUGGGCUGGAUAGUGGUAAAUAUGUACUUAAUGUUUCUGUGAGCGAUGGUCAUUUCACUGUACCUGUCGAUGUUAUUGUUCACAUCGAGCAGCUAACUAUGGAAAUGCUCCAGAAUGCUGUAACCAUCCGAUUUGAGAGUAUUACUCCAGAGGACUUUGUUGGACUUCAUUUACAUGGUUUCAGACGGACCCUUAGAAAUGCUGUUCUCACCCAGAAACAGGACAGUGUUCAUAUCAUUAGUAUUCAACCAGUUGCUGGUACAAGCCAUCUUGAUAUGCUGUUUGCUGUUCAAAUGCAACACAAUCGAGGUUUCUACAGGCCUGCCUAUUUGAUACAGAAGCUUAGCAAUGCAAGAAGACAUUUGGAAAAUGUGAUUCGCAUUUCUGCCAUUUUGGAUAAGAACUGCUCCGGACUGGAAUGUCAGGAACAGCAGUGUGAGCAGACCCUUUCCAUUGAUUCCCAUGCCUUAAUAGCAUAUAGCACAGCUCGGAUUAGUUUUGUGUCACCACGAUUCUACAGAAAUGUCAGAUGCACUUGCAAUGGCGGCCUUUGCCCUGGAUCCACUGAUCCUUGUGAAGAAAAGCCAUGCCCAGAGGACAUGCAGUGUGUCGGGUAUGGAAUAGGUCGUGGGCCAUUUAUUUGUCAGUGUCCGCCGGGAAAGCUGGGAGAGUGCUCAGGGCACACAUCACUCAGCUUUGCUGGAAAUAGCUACAUUAAGUACCGGGUUGCAGAAAGCAGACAGAAAGAUGAGCUGAAGCUGGGUCUGCGCCUGCGGACGCUGCAGAAUAACGGCAUCAUAAUGUACACACGAGCUGACCCAUGUAUCAUUCUCAAGAUCGUGGAGGGCAAGUUGUGGUUCCAUUUGGACUGUGGCAAUGGCCCAGGAAUCCUUGGAAUUUCUGGCAGGACUGUUAAUGAUGGGAACUGGCACACUGUCUUCUUGGAGCUGAAUCGGAAUUUCACAAGCCUUUCACUUGAUGACAGUUAUGUAGAACGUCGGAAAGCUCCCCUUUACUUCCAGCCUUUGGGCACUGACAGUUCUAUUUACUUUGGUGCCCAGGUGCAAGCUGAGAAUGCUCGGAGCUUAACCCACAAGAGGAGUCCGCAAGUCCUGGCUGGGUUCCAGGGCUGCCUGGAUUCAGUGUUCUUAAACAGCAAUGAGCUGCCACUCCAGAACAAGCGUAGUCAGUUUGCAGAGGUGGUUGGAUUGACUGAACUGAAGCUUGGCUGUGUUUUAUACCCUGAUGCUUGUGACAAGAAUCCUUGCCUGAAUGGAGGAAGCUGUACAAGUCUGCCAUCUAGUGGUUAUCAGUGUAGCUGCCUGUCCCAGUUCACAGGAAGAAGCUGUGAGAUUGAGAUUACUGCUUGCUUCCCAAAUCCUUGUCUGAAUGGUGGAUCGUGUGACCCCAUCGGAAGCACAUUUAUCUGCAACUGUAAACAAGGACUCACAGGGGAUACAUGUGAAGAGGACAUCGAUGAAUGUGAACGAGGGCAGGACUGUGAAAAUGGGGGAACUUGCAUCAACACCUUUGGCUCCUUCCUGUGUAACUGCUCUGCUGGCUAUGUAGGCCAGUAUUGUGGACUGAGGCCUGUAGUUGUACCCAAUAUGCAGGCUGGACAUUCCUAUGUUGGGAAGGAGGAGCUUAUUGGAAUAGCAGUAGUUUUGUUUGUCAUAAUAGCUUUAGUCAUUCUUUUUAUUGUCUUCCGCAAAAAGGUGUUCAGGAAGAAUUAUUCACGCAAUAACAUUACUCUAGUUCAGGAUCCUGCAACAGCUGCUUUGCUUAACAAAACCAAUGGAAUUCAGUUCAAAAAUCUGAGGAACAAUGAAAGCCGUAACAUUUAUCAUGAAACGGGAGGGCCUCCUCAAGUCCCUGUCAGGCCUAUGGCAUAUACUCCAUGCUUUCAGAGUGACUCCAGAAACAACUUGGAUAAGAUGGUUGAUGGGCUUGGAGUAGAACACCAAGAAAUGACCACAUUCCACCCAGAAUCCCCACGAAUACUGACCGCUAGGCGAGGAGUUGUAGUUUGCAGUGUGGCUCCGAAUCUUCCAGCUGUGUCUCCCUGUCGCUCUGAGUGUGAUUCCAUCAGAAAGAAUAGCUGGGAAACAGAGACAGAAGCUUCAGGCAAAGGGGUGGAAACAGCUGAGGAUGUGACCUGCUUUGCCGGUAGCAACAAGGGUAGCAAUUCCGAAGUCCAGUCUCUUAGUUCUUUCCAGUCCGACUCUGGCGAUGAUAAUGCUUCUAUAGUGACUGUUAUACAACUUGUCAACAAUGUAGUUGAUUCAAUUGAAAAUGAAGUGUCGGUAUUGGACCAAGGGCAAAACUACAACAGAGCUUAUCACUGGGAUACAUCUGACUGGAUGCCAGCUGCUCGCCUGUCUGACAUUGAGGAAUUACCAAAUUAUGAGGCUGCAGAUGGCGCUUCAGUGGUUCAGCAGGGAAGCACAACUGAACUGGAAACAGACUACUACCUUGGUGGUUAUGACAUUGACAGUGACUUCCCACCACCACAAGAUGAGGAAUUUUUGAGCCAAGACCAACUGCCUCCACCAUUACCAGAGGAUUACCAGGACCAAUAUGGUACCCUUCCUGCUUCACAGCCAGUUUCUGUGUCUAGCACACUUAGUCCAGAUUGCAGAAGACGUCCCCAGUUCCAUCCCAGUCAGUAUCUCCCACCUCAUCAGUUUCCAAAUGAGGCAGAGCCCUUAGGGGCACAAGAGGCAAAUGAACUUAGUACUUUGGCUAUUGCCUCAAGCCAUGAUUUAGACAAUGUAAACAUAGACACUAUAUCUCUUUCCAUGCAGACAGCUACAAAUGCUUCAUCAUCAGAUGUUUCAGCUGGUUGUGGUUUUGAUUCGGAGGUAGCCAUAAGUGACUAUGAGAGCACAGACGAGCUAAACAUGGACCAUAUUCAAAUUCCUUUUACAGAGUCUCACCAUCAGACUCAAGUUUGAUUAAAGAACAUAACUCUGUGCUCAUUAAGUUAUAGAGAACUUGAUGGUGGAGAAGGCAAUGCAAUGCAAAGCUUUCAAAAAAUCAUGCUGUUUACUACAAAAGUGUGAAAAGAAGUGGAAACUAAAGAACAAAUUAUAAUUUGUGUAAUUCAUUUGCUAAUUAACUAAGCCACAUGACAAUCUUAAGUACAAAAUCUUUAAUAAUGCUAAAACUGUAGAGUGUUACAACAGGUGAGAAGGUGAUCGGCUCUUUCAAUGCUAGGUUAAAAGAAUUUCAGAUGUCCUUUUAAUUAAAAAAGCUGAUGAUAUAUAUAGGAGUGCUACUGUAUUACUGAAAGUGUUACACCUGCAACUCAUUAAGAAAUUAAACACAGCAAAGUUAAGAAAAUGUUGAGGCAGAAAUACCCAUUUGCUACAAAAUUUGAGAAAUUAAGAUUGCAUUGAUGAUAGUUUCUAUGGAAGGAUACAACAGAUGAGUCAAGCUGUAGUUAGGUAACAGUAUUAAAAACAAAUGUACAUAUGGUUUCGGCAGUGUUGAUCAUGAACAAAGCUUUGUAUUCACUUCUUUUAAUUAUCAGGUGACGCUUAAGUGAUAAAAGUUUCAAAAUUUCUGUGCACCAGACCGUAAGCUCCUUUUGCAAUAUUUCAAUCAGACUGAAUUCUGGAAACAGAUAUUGGAUUCCAUUUCCUGCUUUAGUUUCACAAUAUAUUUUUAUCUAAUUUAUUUAUCAAUAUUUUCAGUCUUCCUACUUCAUGGAAAAAGGCAUUAUAAAAUUGGAGAAUAUCAAUUAUCUGAGAAUGUUAAUUGAACAGGAACAAAUAAUGGGCCACACAAAUGAAUCAUUCAUCAACUACCAUCAUGUUUGUGUCUGUGAAUGUCAGUUGCACAGGUCCUUUUCUUUGCAGCUGAAAUUGUAGAGGUAAACAUUCACUCCAAUGGGUCUCCUAUAAUAACUCUGAAGAUGACAUUCUAACUGUAAAUCACUUUCUCCUUCCUAGCUUCCAAUCUGUAUCUACUUCGUACCUUAAACAUUGUAACAGUGUUACAUUCCAGAAAGAUACACUGAUCUUGAUACAUAACUAGACAUACUAGCUUUAAGAAAUAAGUGCUUUUUGUGUAAUGGUGCAGUUAGAAUGCUGUAAUAUAUUAAAGUGAUGGUAUUUUUGUUUUUAAAUUAUUAGUUUACAAUUUGCCAGACUAAUAACUUAAUUUGGUAUCAUAUCUUGUUUUUCUUUUUCACAGCUACUUAAAAAAUUCAUGCAUUAACCUUUGGCCCUAGCUCUGUUUGCUUUUCCUCUUAACCUUGUACCAGUUAGGAUUCAUAAGAAGUAAGAUACAAAUGAACAAAAUGUUCUUGUGUAAAAACAUCUUGAUGUCCCUUUAUAGCAGUCUAUGAGGAACAAUAUCAAAGAGGAAGGAGUCAGAAGCCCUUAUUUGAAAUCGGCAAAGAGCAGGUUCCAAGAUGGCCAGAUGAUGUUACGCAUGCAAACUUUCAUGUAUAGACAUUUGUUCUCUGUCUCUCUCUCUCUCUCUCUCUCUCUCUCUCUCUCUCUCCUGUUCUUUUCCUAAUUUAGACUAAACUGGACCUUUUAGAGGGUUUAGUGUGUGUUUUCAGGAACGUGUUAUUCAUCUGCCCUUCUGAUGUUCUGUCAGUUAUCUUGAGUUUUGCUCUAAUACUCAGUCUGUUGUGGGCAUCUGCUAAGCUGAGGACUAUGGCAGGACAGCGGUUAAUGUUGCUCAUUCAGUUUAACAUUCUCUCAGCUGGGCUAUGUCAGCUUACUUCAUACCUCCAAGGCUGCAGGAUGCGAUCCUAGUUUCUGGUUGCUGUCUGGAUAAUAUUUCUUUAUUUACCGCUGGUCUGAGUAGGUUUCCUCCAACGUUCCAAAGACUCACUAACUGGUCUGCUAUUAUAAAUUGCCUAUGCAUGUUAAUUUAGGCUUUCAGCUUGCAGCCCACAUCAUAGCUGAAAAAGGUCUCCAAGGAUUAGUCCACAUAACCAGCAAAAAAUAUGUUUAAAUAAACAAUUGAUACAGUACAUGAGACAUUUGAUUUCCCAGUUUAGGUGUUAGCAGUAAGAGCACCAGGCUUUAAAUUCUUCCUCUGGCUUUGAGAUAGUCAGCACAUUUUUCUCAUGCUUUAUCUGAAGUUCUUAGUGCAGCUUAAUGUAGUUUUUGUGCUAUAUCAUCCCAGGGUCGGUAAGCUAACUUAGACUGUAGUCCAUAGUGUGUACUAACAUUAGGAAUCAACAUGAAUAAAACAAGGCUGCAUAUGUGUUUUUAUACAACUUUGGUUUAUGAUGCUCACGACUUUUAUGCUUUCAUAAACCAAAGACAUGCAAACAACAUUUAUAACAUACUGCAAUGUGUGCAUUAUUCUGCCUAUAGCAUAAAAAAAUUACUAUUCAGCUGCUCUAUCAAGAAAUAAAAUUACUGCAUACCUUUUUGGAGCACACAAAAGUUGUAAAAAUGUUGCAAAAGAACAUCAUAUGGUUGCAGGUUACAUUUAAAAAAUGUUAUUAAAAAAAUGUUCAUUUUCUUGAAUAUUUGUUUCAAAUAGUAUAGCAUUUAUUCAAUCAUUUUUCCAGUACCUGUUCUAUCCGCUUUAUGAUCAUGGGAAGCUGGAGACUAUGGAAGCAGUCCUGGAUAGGAUGCCAGUCUGUUCCAGGAUGCAUAUACUGACAUACACAUGACACACACCACAGAUAGUUAGGAGGCUGACCAUUUCCUUUCAUGGUAUAUCUUUGCAAUGAAACGUAGACCCCUUGCAAUAACUCAAGUGAAAAGAGGAAGAACAUACAAACUUUGUACUGUAACUACCCCAUUGUAUGUCUUCAGCAGACUGUUUAUUUGCACAGAUAUACUUUGGAACAACUUUUGUUAAAUGUUUACUUUAUUACUGCCUUUUAAGUGUAGAUACCAAGAUUAUAUUAAAGCACUAAAAGAGGACAGAUCUGCUCUAUUGUAGGCUAUUGUCAGACAAAGUGUUGCAUGAAGCAGAGCUAAGUGCCUCAGAAACCUGAGAUCUAAUGAUGUACUCUGAAAAAAUAUAAAACAUGCCCUGAAGGGUGAAAAUGUAAUGAUCCAGUGUGCCUACAGUGUAAAAAUAAAAAAAAAAGAUGCACUUUCUAACAUUCUGAAAUAUUGACUUGAGGGCUGGUCUCUCCUACAGU